AUGGACGGCCAGAUCAGCAGCUGCACCCGUUACGAACCGCCGAUGCUGACUAUUGCGGAAAACGGGACGGAGGUCAGCUGCGACCGCUGGGACUACAACCGCGAGGUCGGCGCUUCUAUCAUCAUUGAGCUCGAUCUGGUCUGCGAGAGGAAAGGGCUGCUCGGAGCGCUCCAAGCUGUAUACAUAGGCGGGGGAGCGGUUCUCCUCCCUGUGAUGCGCUCACUGGCGGACAGCUACGGGCGCAGGCUGGUGCUCGGGCUCACGCUCUUCGGCCUCAUCGCGUCCCGGAUGGUCACUUCCGGGGUGAAGACCCUUCUCGAGUUUGGGUUGCUGCAGCUUCUUAUGUCAACGUCGGUCACCACGCUUGAGGCGAUCAGCACCGUGAUGCUCUUCGAAGACACGCCGCAGGACUGUCGGAUGCUCCUCUGCUCAAUCAAUGUCGGCGUGCCCCUGGUGCUGGGACCCUUGACGCUCGGCCUGAUAGGCAGGUUCUUCGUCCACUGGACGGCCAUGCAGCUCGUGAUGACGUCGCCAACCCCGCGGCUCGUGCUGACCAUCUACCUGACGGACGAGUCUUCGCGCUGGCUCAUGGCUUCCUGGAAGUUCAAGGAGGUCGAGCAGGUCAUCAUUACGGUUGCCAAUGUGACCGACCUACAAGACUUGAAUAAGAUGCGCUUUCAGUUCAUCAAAAUCAAGGGGGAGGUUGUCUCGCGUCAGGCGUUUGGUGCCAAGCCGAAUGUCUUCGGCAUCAUCAAGUCGACCAAAAUGCGCGCCCGAUCGGUCAUCCUGUUUGGGAGUUGGUUUGUGGUCUUCUACUGCUAUCCGAGCAUAUCCCAGUACAGGUCGGUGCGAAGGGACGCCGUCACCUUCCACACGACGAUCGGUACCGCCAACUUGUGCACCCUCAGGCCACCAACUACUUCGUCCUGA